UUGUACCCAGCACAGAGUUCAUGUAGGAAAAUGCAAAACAACACCUGGACCAAUACAUGUGCAUAUAAUAAACAUUGAGUCUCAGAAGCAGUCAGAACAGAAAGAGACAUGAUGAAACCAGGACAAGGGAGAAUUUCUGUGUAAUGCCAUGUUAAGAAUGUGUUACUUUUCUCCAACAUCUAGGCACUCUUCAUCAAUACAUGCAAAGCAAAGAUGACUGAUAUGCAAAUUCUGGAAAUCACUGGAAACAUUUCAGCCAAUAGCACUAUGCUACAAGCUCUGCCCAAUAACACGCUGGAGAUGCUGCAAAGCAAAAUGCUGCAAACGGCUUUACCAGUCCUGUACCUGGUGAUCUUUGGUGUCAGUGUACCAUUAAAUUUACUGUCUUUGGUCAUGCUCUGGGGAAACCAACCACGGACACCAACAGUUGUAUUCCUGCUCAAUUUGGCCAUCACAGACACUAUUUAUGGAAUUACACUCCCCUUCCAGGUCAUUUAUCAUCUCAGAGGAAACGACUGGCCAUUCGGAGAUACAUUUUGCUCCGUAGCAACCAUUUUGUUCUAUGGAAACAUGAAUUGUUCCAUAUUGACAAUGACAAGUAUUAGUGUGGAACGCUUCAUUGGAAUUGUACAUCCGUUGCGCUCUAAGAACUGCGUUACUGUCAGGAGGGCUCUGCUCACUUGUUUGUUGCUUUGGGCACUUGUUCUGUUGGUAGAUUUACCACUUAUGCUUUCUAAGCUGACAUUCCACGUACGAGAGCUACACAUAGUCACUUGCUUCGAUGUCUUACCAAAAGAACUGUUUUCCAGUAAAGCGUAUUUUUCUUUUUAUAUCUCAUCCCGCCUUAUAUUGUUUUUCUUUAUUCCAUUAGUUAUUAUGGGAAUAUGUUACCUGUCAAUAAUUGUAACUCUUCUGCGGUCCGAGACCAUCCGAGCAGAGACAAAGAGACAAACAAUUCAUAUCAUUGUGGUGUUGUUCAGUGUGUUCCUGGUCUGCUACCUGCCAAGUAACCUGCUGCUAAUCAUUCACUAUGAUUUCUAUUCAAAAGGGAAGCCGCUGUACAUAGAAUACAAGCUUUCCCUUGCCUUAAGCAGUCUUAAUUGUUGCUUGGACCCAGUGGUGUAUUUCUUUGGUUCUAAACAGUUUCGGCAAACAGUGCAGCGUAAGUCAAAGUGCUGCAAGUCUGCCAAUAAUCCACAUGAAAAUACACAGACAUUUGAGUACAACCCACCUCUGUCAUCUUUUUAAAGGAGUUGUUCGCCUUUGGGUUAUAGUAUGAUGUCGAGCGUGAUCUUUGCAAUUGGUUUUCAUUUGUUAUUAUGUGUAGUUUUUGAGUUAUUUAGCUUUUUA